AUGUCUAUUAAUAUUUGCAGAGAUAAUAAUGAUCCUUUCUACCGUUAUAAAAUGCCUCCGAUCCAGGCAAAGGUUGAAGGUAAGGGUAAUGGUAUUAAGACAGCAGUCUUAAAUGCUGCAGAUGUUGCUCGUGCUUUGAAUAGACCAGUUGCAUAUAUUAUUAAGUACUUUGGUUUUGAAUUGGGUGCUCAGACGUCUAUUUCUGUGGAUAAAGAUCGUUUCUUGGUUAAUGGUGCUCACCAGCCAUCUAAGUUGCAGGAUGUCUUGGAUGGGUUCAUCAACAAGUUUGUUUUGUGUGGUAGCUGUAAGAACCCAGAGACUGAGAUCACUAUUGCCAAGGAUGAUGAUCUAGUUAGAGACUGCAAGGCCUGUGGACAAAGAACUCCUAUGGACUUGAGACACAAACUGUCAUCCUUCAUUUUGAAGAACCCACCUGAUUCUAUGAAGGAUGGCUCUAGGAAGAAAAAAAAGGCAGCUACAGCCUCUGCAAACGUUCGUGGUGGUGGUAUAUCUAUAUCGGAUAUUGCACAAGGUAGGUCGCAGGCAGAUGCUGAGGAAGGGGACUAUUCAGAUGAUGAUGAGCUAGCUCGGCAGAUCAAUGCUGCUGCUUCUUCGUUGCAGCAGAUUGAAGUCAAAGACGAUGAGUGGGCUGUGGAUAUGUCUGAAGAGGCUGUUAGAGCUAGAGCCUUGGCGUUGCAGGGAUCUGAGACCUCUUCUGCAAAAUACACUAACCUAGAUGCAUUUGGUGAAUGGAUUUUAUCCGAAACGGCCGAUGGUAAAGACGAGAUUCCAAAUGAUGUGGAGAUCUACAAGAAGGCUGCUGAAUUGGAACAAUUGCAGGAACCCAAGAUUGCCUAUGUUCUGGCGCAGGUAUUAUUUGAUGAAGAUAUUGUUGAACAAAUCAGUGAACAUGCUCCAUUGUUGCAAAAAGUACUGAUCAAUGACAACUUCGAAAAACAGUUCUUGGGGGGGCUGGAAAGGUUUUUGGGCUUGGAACGCCCCAAAUUGAUUCCUAUCCUACCAAAGAUUCUGCUUCAAUUGUACAACAAUGAUAUUAUCUCUGAAGAACAAAUCAUGGACUUUGGCACUAGAUGCUCUAAAAGAUUUGUCCCAAAAGAAGUUUCAAAGAAGGUCCGUAGGGCAGCAAGACCAUUUAUUACCUGGUUACAAAGUGCAGAGAGUGAAGAAGAAGGGUCUUAUGAAGACGUUGAUUAG